AUGGGGAGUAUCCGCAGGACUCCCUGCAGCCAGACUCGAGCCCACUUGCACCUCCCAGAUAUUGCCGCCGCCCCACCCCCCCAGAGGAAAAAAGUGCUGACUCUCAGGCCCCCACAGCAGGCCCAGGCAGGGCAGGGAUCUGGCCCCCUCGAGUCAAGGCAACAAGCAUCUAUUGAGCGCCUUCCCGCCCUACAAGAGCUCACAGGCUCCCGGGGAGCCGAGGCUUCUGGACACAAAGUCCCGAGGGCUGCCUGCUAUCACGCUAUCACCACUAGGUCAGGCUCUCCCCCAUCGGCUGUUCCAGAGCCCCAGGGCACACGCGCUCCUCCCCCUCCCCCGCCGCGGGGCUGCCGGGACCCCUGGGUACGCCACGCAGCAUCACCCCCGCGCACGCCCGCCGCUCCGCAGCACAAAGCCGGGCUGGGCGUGGGUCGGGAGCCGGCGGCAGCCGAGCAGGGCGGGGCGGGGCGGGGCGGGGCCGCUAGGGACAUGAAUGGAGAGGGGCGGGCCCUCCUCCCCCUCCCGCCCCACCCCACCCCCCCCCCGGGCCCGGGUUACUGUCGGUCAUGUUUACGUUUACAACAGCUUACAGCGCCUGACCAAGGCAGCGCCAAUCAGCGCCCGGCGAGCUUGUCUGAUGCCGGCUGCUCCAAUCAGGGGGAGAUGCCUGGCUACCCGUCUCUGGGGACUUCCCCACCCCGCUCCCGGCCUCGCCUUACCUGCCGGGAGCCGCCUGCCCCGCGGAGAAUGAAUGACAACUGCCAUUCAUUCAGCGCGCGCUCCUACGUGGCCCCGCCUGGGAGGCUUCUCCCCCACUCCCCUGGAGGAGAAAACUUCGGUACCUCCUUUGGAUCGGGCUCUGCCUUAAAAAUUGCUCCCUUUGUAUCCCCAAACGGGGUGAGAAGACAACGAGCCCCCAUCAAGCACCUACUACUGUGUGCCAGGCACCCGUGCCAAACGCUGCGGCUCAUGGAGUCCCCAGCCUGUAUCUUCCUUUUCACUUGUGUCCUCCAACUCAGCCACACCUGGUCAGUCAAUAAUUUCCUGAUGACGGGUCCAAAGGCCUAUCUGAUCUACUCCAGCAGUGUGGCCGCCGGUGCUCAGAGUGGUAUCGAAGAAUGCAAAUACCAGUUUGCCUGGGACCGAUGGAACUGCCCAGAGAGAGCACUCCAGCUGUCCAGUCAUGGCGGGCUCCGCAGUGCCAAUCGAGAGACAGCCUUUGUGCAUGCUAUCAGCUCUGCUGGGGUCAUGUACACAUUGACCCGAAACUGCAGCCUUGGGGAUUUUGACAACUGUGGAUGUGAUGAUUCCCGGAAUGGGCAGCUGGGGGGCCAGGGCUGGCUAUGGGGUGGCUGCAGUGACAAUGUGGGCUUCGGAGAGGCCAUCUCCAAGCAAUUUGUGGAUGCACUGGAGACUGGGCAGGAUGCCCGUGCUGCCAUGAACUUACACAACAAUGAAGCUGGCCGAAAGGCGGUGAAGGCCACCAUGAAGCGCACGUGCAAAUGUCACGGCGUGUCGGGCAGCUGCACCACUCAGACGUGCUGGCUGCAGCUGCCUGAGUUCCGCGAGGUGGGCGCGCACCUCAAGGAGAAGUACCACGCGGCGCUCAAGGUGGAGCUGCUGCAGGGCGCCGGCAACAGCGCGGCGGGCCGGGGAGCCAUCGCAGACACCUUCCGCGCCAUCUCCACGCGCGAGCUCGUGCACCUGGAGGACUCGCCCGACUACUGCCUGGAGAACAAGACGCUCGGCCUGCCGGGCACCGAGGGCCGCGAGUGCCUGCGGCGCGGCCGCGCCCUGGGCCGUUGGGAGCGCCGCAGCUGCCGCCGCCUGUGCGGGGACUGCGGACUGGCGGUGGAGCAGCGGCGCGCCGAGACCGUCACCAGCUGCAACUGCAAGUUCCACUGGUGCUGCGCCGUGCGCUGUGAGCAGUGCCGCCGCCGCGUCACCAAGUACUUCUGCAGCCGCGCCGGCGGAGAGCGGCUGCGGCCCCGGAGGAGGCCGUAG